CUGUCGUUUUGACAUUUUAUUUUGAUGUUUAUGAUUAUCGCUCUAACCUCCUAUAACCCUUAUUUAAAUUAUUAAACUAAUACAUAUAUCACAAUAAUGUUCCUGACAUUUAAACUUCUUGCUAACAGACAUCCUUCGUUUAUUGCUCGAACAGUAUUUGUAAAGAACAACAACGUAGACGACGCCUGUAGACUCGUGAACAGGAUUCUUGGCAAAGAAGGCAUCUUGGAGCAGUUUCGUCUUACGAGAUAUUAUGAAAAACCUUUCCAAACAAGGCGACGAGUGAACCAUGAGAAAUGCAAGGCAAUUUAUAAUGAAGACAUGGAGAGGAAAAUUCACUUUGUACUUAGAAAAAACCGUCACGAGCCAUUCCCUGGAUGUCAUUAAUUUUGAAAUUGAUAAUUUAAAUCUAGUGAAAACCAAUCGUAGUUAGGAAAUUUGAAUUACAAAGAUUACUUUUUACUUUUAACAAAUAUGCUGUUAUAUAAUGUAAACAUCUUAUAACAACU